CCAGGGAUACAGGCUGUGCUCAUUCUGAGCUUGGCUGCCCGAGACAGCGGCCACAGGCUGCUGCUCAGCCAGUAGCUUUUUGCAAGGGGCUGGAUUCCUCCCCAGCAACUCCUCACUCAGCUUUGUUGAUUCUGGAUCGAGAGGAGAAGGGUUUGUCUCUUCUUGGAACCCCUGAGCUGGGGUUUUUACCUCCUUUCUGAUUUUAAGUAGUUCCCUCCAUGAGAACUGAAUUUCAAGUGUUCCUCCAGGGCAAGCGCAGUGCCCGUGGGCUGGAGUUGAGAGAGGAUGACAGCUUCUGAGGUUGCCUCCUAAGGGCUCUGAGGUGCCUCCUCCAUCGCCCCCCGUUCAAAAUGCCAUUUAAAGCAUUUGAUACCUUCAAAGAAAAGAUUUUGAAACCUGGGAAGGAAGGAGUGAAGAAUGCCGUGGGAGACUCGCUGGGCAUCUUACAAAGAAAAAUCGAUGGGACCAAUGAAGAGGAAGAUGCCAUUGAGCUGAAUGAAGAAGGAAGGCCCGUGCAGACGUCCAGAGCACAUCGCCCUGUCUGUGACUGCAGCUGCUGCGGCAUCCCCAAGCGGUACAUCUGUGACUGCAGCUGCUGCGGCAUCCCCAAACGGUACAUCAUUGCUGUCAUGAGCGGCCUCGGCUUCUGCAUUUCCUUUGGGAUUCGGUGCAACCUUGGAGUGGCCAUUGUGGAAAUGGUCAACAAUAGCACUGUGUAUGUGGAUGGGAAACCAGAAAUUCAGACAGCGCAGUUUAACUGGGACCCAGAGACGGUGGGCCUGAUCCAUGGAUCUUUUUUCUGGGGUUAUAUUGUGACACAAAUUCCCGGUGGCUUCAUUUCAAACAAGUUUGCUGCUAGCAGGGUCUUUGGAGCCGCCAUCUUCUUGACAUCAACUCUGAACAUGUUUAUCCCUUCUGCGGCGAGGGUGCAUUACGGCUGUGUCAUGGGUGUGAGGAUUUUGCAGGGUCUGGUGGAGGGUGUGACCUACCCUGCCUGCCAUGGGAUGUGGAGUAAGUGGGCGCCUCCCCUGGAGAGAAGCCGUCUAGCCACGACUUCCUUCUGUGGUUCCUAUGCUGGGGCAGUUGUUGCUAUGCCUCUUGCAGGGGUAUUGGUGCAGUACAUUGGCUGGGCCUCUGUCUUUUACAUCUACGGUAUGUUUGGGAUUAUUUGGUAUAUGUUUUGGCUGCUGCAGGCUUAUGAGUGCCCGGCAGCUCACCCAACAAUAUCCAAUGCAGAAAGGACCUACAUAGAGACAAGCAUAGGAGAAGGGGCCAACUUGGCCAGUCUGAGCAAAUUCAACACACCAUGGAGAAGGUUUUUCACAUCCUUGCCUGUCUAUGCCAUCAUUGUGGCAAACUUCUGUAGAAGCUGGACCUUCUAUUUGCUCCUGAUAAGUCAGCCAGCUUACUUUGAGGAGGUCUUUGGAUUUGCAAUAAGUAAGGUGGGUCUCUUGUCAGCUGUCCCACACAUGGUGAUGACAAUCGUGGUGCCCAUCGGAGGACAACUGGCUGAUUAUUUAAGAAGCCGAAAGAUUUUGACCACAACCGCUGUCAGAAAGAUCAUGAAUUGUGGAGGCUUUGGCAUGGAGGCAACCUUGCUCCUGGUGGUUGGAUUUUCCCAUACCAAAGGAGUGGCUAUCUCCUUCCUGGUGCUUGCUGUAGGAUUUAGUGGCUUUGCUAUUUCAGGCUUCAAUGUCAACCACCUGGACAUUGCUCCACGCUAUGCCAGCAUCCUCAUGGGGAUCUCAAAUGGUGUGGGGACCCUCUCUGGAAUGGUUUGUCCCCUCAUUGUUGGUGCAAUGACUAAGCACAAGACCCGGGAGGAGUGGCAGAAUGUGUUCCUCAUAGCAGCGCUGGUACACUACAGCGGAGUCAUCUUCUACGGGGUCUUCGCUUCUGGGGAAAAACAGGACUGGGCUGACCCAGAGAAUCUCUCUGAGGACAAAUGUGGAAUCAUUGACCAAGAUGAGUUAGCUGAGGAGACAGAACUCAACCACGAGACUUUCGUAAGUCCCAGAAAGAAGAUGUCUUAUGGAGCCACCACCCAGAAUUGUGAGGUCCAGAAGACGGAGUGGAGACAACAGAGAGAAUCUGCCUUCGACGGGGAGGAGCCAUUAUCCUACCAGGCCGAAGGAGACUUCUCAGAAACAUCCUAAAUGUCUGGCUUCACCUCAGCUUACAACUGGAAGUAUCGCACCCAUCGCCUUUCCCAUACUGCGUCUUGCCAGGGGGCCAAAUCGUGGGAAAGGGGGAGAUUAAAUUAACAACAGAGAAAAGAAACACGCCUUCUUACAAAGAUGGGAAUAUGGACCUUGGUCUCAGUUGAUAAAAUAGUUGAUCAUAUUUGGGGUUGGGGUGUGGAUUGGGCAUUGGCCGUUGAGCCUUCUCUCAAAAGAACUAGUUAUUCAGGAAUUAAUGGUGAGAAGAAUAAGGAGUAGCAUGUUGCUCAAAUAAACACUGGAAGAAAUCCCUCUUUGUUCUGGAGAAGAGUACAUGGUGGUUGCCAUCACAUCUCUUAGGAUACUCAUGUAGAGGAGUUUCCUAAACCUAAUGAAGGGAAUCACUCAUGGGGGCCCUUGGUUGUGCCAGGUGCUUUGUGAACAUUAUUUAACACUCACACCCUAAUACAGUUAUACCUGUUUUACAAUAGGUUGGUCUACCCAAGGUCGUCCUCUCAGGACCAAGGCUGAGAAUGGCAGAUGAGCGGGAGUUAUAGGAAGGAAGGAAGGAAGGAAGGAAGGAAGGGAGGGAGGGAGGGAGGGAGGGAGGAAGGAAGGAAGGAAGGAAGGAAGGAAGGAAGGAAGGAAGGAAGGAAGGAAGGAAGGAGAGAAGGAAGGGUUCAGCUCAUUGUAGAGACAUUUUCAAUGACAAAAACUAAAACUGAAGUCAGCUGUUUUGUAGGUAAUUCCAUGUUUGGUCAAGGGUGUGUGUGUGUGUGUGUGUGUGUUUGUAUAUAUGUAAAUAUUUAAACUAAUAUGGAAGAGGGAAUUCAAACAUAUGAAAUUCUAAAAGCAAAAACCCUUAAGAUAUUAUAUUAACUGUUGGACCAAACAAUUUGUUAAUCAAUGGCCUUUUUAUUUUUUAAAAAAGUCACAGUCUAGUAAAAUACUUAAAGCUAAGCAAGAGCUGGGCAUGGUGGCGCACACCUUUAAUCCCAGCACUCGGGAGGCAGAGGAAGGCGAUUUCUGAGUUCAAGGCCAGCCUGGUCUACAAAGUGAAUUCCAGGACAGCCAGGGCUAUACAGAGAAACCCUGUCUCAAAAAACCAGGGGGAAAAAAAAAGCUAAGCAAGAUAGCUCAGUUUCCAGGAAUGGUUGAAAAGAAGUAUAUAAAGGAGUGGCCAUUAAAUUUAACCCCCCUAGAGUAUCAGGAAUUUUUUUAAAUAAUGUCUCAAGUUAACUAUGAGCCCCUAAGGCAGUUAAUACCUAAGAAGCAGGUUCAGGGGAGACUAUUACGUAAAUAGUCUGUUUACUAUUUACGUAAUAGUAUCUUGAAAAGAAUCUUGUUCAAACAAAUGGGUGUCAUUAGCUUUCUUGGAAAGUAUGGUCAGAUGAUAUAAAACUAUGCCCAAAAGACUCACAAUGACUCCAUCUGGCAUGUUCACAGAAAACGAAAGCACAGCAGUAGUUUUAUAGAGAAAUAUUGCAGUCAACAUAUUUGAGAGAACCAGGCCUAUAAUAGGUAUUGGGGAAUUUAUCUGUGAUUGUGUAGGGCAAUAACAUGGAUAUUCUCUAAAUACAUUUAAAAUGUAAUGUUAACAUGUAAGAGUAUUAGAAAAUAAAACUAUUUUCUUGCUCUUCAGUUUUGAAAUUUUUAUUUCUGUUUUCAGGAGGAAAGUGUAAUAUGAUGAUAAAAUAUAAAUUUACUUGCAUAAUAUUUAUUUUCUAGUUUUUUUCCAUUUUAUUUCUGAACCCCCCCUUGUUAUACUUAAGGAGUUAUAAUGCACUUUAUAAAAAGACUAAUCAUAGAUUUUUAAAACUUCCCAUUAAAUAAUAUUCUUUAUAUCAUUUGUAGAUAGUUUGUGUUAUCAGAUGUUGUUAGAUCUCCUUAUUGUGUGAAUCCACGUAAGUCCCCUAGAACAGUUAUGGGCAUAAAGAAGCACUCAAGAAAUAGCUGUCACAUUGGCAUUAUCUUUAACUCUUGUGUGACCAUGUCAUCUGUGAAGAGUGUUGUGUCAUUUCAUGCAUUGGCCACAGAGUUUAUUAUGAAAAUUAUACUGUUUUCUUAGUAAAAAAAUAGGAAAAAUGUGUUUAUUUCUUUGUGUGUUAAUAAAACAUAACUAUAAGUAUGAAAAAAGCCUCAUGAUGAUCAUGAAGGCAAUGUAGAUUAUGGCACAAUCUGUUGUUAGUGUUGACAUCAUGCAGAAAUACCACAUUUUGCUUUUAACCUGCUUGUAUGAUCUAUUUUUUUUAAUGGUGGGCUGGAUCGUGGCAUUAAACACAAUAAAGCACGA